UCGUUCGUCCCAGAGAGAAACAGAGAGUGGGAGUUGGUGCAAGAGGGAAGGUCUAGAAAAAAGUAGAAACAAGGCCAGAUGUGGGGGAGAUCUAGACCUAACCUCAUGGCCACAGCUGGAGGGGCCAUGCUGACUUCCCUGUACCUAGCCUUGCAGUUGGUACUGACCGGGAAAGAGGUGAGCUCAGGGCCCAGACUGUCAUGGAUCUGCAGGAUCUCCAGCCUUAACGCCAAGUCAGUCAGGGAGUGACAGCAGUGGAAAUGGGCGCUGGAGGAUCAGGACGGGCCUUGUGGCCACAGAGGGAAGGCAUGGGGAUAGGGUCCAUGAUCAUCCCGGUGGGCACCAGAUCAUCCCAGUGGGCACCAGAAUGACACCUGACCAGGCCAUCCUUGAGUGGGGCACCCACCCACCCUAGAAAGUCCAUACUUCUGAACUGCACUCUCGGGUGAAAGAGAGAGGAGGCAGACAGACUCUCAAGCCUGGAGGAGACUCUGACACAGUAGAGUCAGCCCUGAGGAGCCACGGAGCAGAUGACACAGAGCUGAGGGUUCCUUGGAUGACAGGAAGUCACUGUGUCCUAAAAAACAGGUCCAAUGUGGAGACCAAAGAGAGAGGGGAUCAGGAGGGGACACAGCUCGAGGGGGGACCAAAACUGGCACACUCAGCAGGAUGGAGGAGGUCCCAUGCGCUAACAUGCAUGCCCAGGAGUGAAGCAAAGAAUUGUUGAUCUAGAAAGAGAAGAAUUUGAAUGCCAAGCUAUAGGGCUUGGGGUGGCUUGAGGGUACUGGGGGAGUCACAUAAGGGGGGGUCAAGAAUGGUUUGGGUAGCUGCUGAGAGCUGCAGAGCCAAAAGAGAUGUGGCUGCAGCCAGAGGGGCUGUUUGGUGGCCGCGAUGGCUCUUUAGGACAGGCCUGGCUUGAUAUGAAGGUGGGUGAGUACCAUGAGCCCAGAGACUCCUGUGUAGCCUUGAGAUUUCACGUGUCCAGGUGUCCCUCCCUAUCCAGAAUCUGCCCCCAGGCUCCCCUGCAAGGACUGCCAAGUCUGACUCUCUUGUGGUCCUCACAGAGAAAGAACUUUUUUGGGGGUGACAUCUGAUCCUCUAGUCAGGAGCACACACCGGCCACCCGUUGUUCAUAGCUUCUGAAGAGACAUGGUGGGCCAGGCUGAGUGGCUGGAGGCUGGAUCCUUCCCCUUUCUGAGCAGUGGGUUCCUCAAAUGGAACAGAUAACACGCCUCAGGGGGAAUUGUGGGGACCACAUCUGCAUCAGCACUGGGAGGGACACAUAGUCAGUGCUUUGUAAAUCAAGAUGAACUCUUACCAACCAAGGCAGGGACCCGUCUUAUCCUUUCCCAACACCCCUGUGGUCAGGGAGUCCAGAGAAUGCAGCAGGGGCAGGUGCCAUCUCUCACACUAGGCACGGAAGGUCACCUUAGAUGAAGGAGCUGGCCAGAGACUGCCAUUUAAUGUCAGCUCUGUGUGGGGCAGGGUCCCUGAACCUGGGUGGCAGGCCAGAUGAUGACCUGUGGUCAGGGUGGGGCUGAUAAGGCCCCAACCAAUCAUCUGAGCUUCCCUCCCUCUACUGGGCUUCCGUGAAGCUGCUGGUGGCCUCUGGAGCUCCAGAAAUCCAGGUCUCAGCUGACUCUAGCAGAUUCCUUGCUGGAGGGCGAAACCCUAGGGGGCAGCCUCUGUCCAGCAUGCCUUAAGUCCAGGGAAGGGCAGUUGCUUUCUGACUCACCCAGGGGUCUGGCCGACUUAGAUUUGUCCUGGUAUGAUCCCAGGCUCCGGCCCCAGAAGGGAAAGCCUCUUAAGAAGCUUCCGGUUUGAGCAGCCAAGAUCCUGCCUUUCGAGCUGAAGGGCUCUCCUGCUGCCAAGAUGCCUUUGCCUCAGACAGGGGCCCCUGGGCCAGAGGUAAAAAGCCCCAGGGAGCCUAGGAAGUCACAGACCCUCCCUGUGACCACCUGGAAGUCCAACAGUAUGAAAGAGCAGAGCGUGCACCACGGGGGCAGCUUGAGACCCAGCCUGGGCAUGCUGAAGCAGACCCUCUUCCGGACCAGCCUGAGAACUUCAACCCACAAGCCCAAGGAGGACCCAGGCCUGUUCAGGCGCAGCUCCCGUUUCCUGUUCAGGUCCUUGAGACGGGCCAUAGAUGAAGGCUUAACUGCUGGGCAUCCCCAAGGCCCUGCGGUACCAGAGAAGCCCUCCAAAGUCACAGAUGGCGUCAGCAGGCAGGCAGCCACUGGGACAGAGGCUGAGGAUCUGGAACCCCAGGCAGAAAGUAAAUCCGUGGCAGACCUCAUCACUGAGCGGCAGCUAGUGAAGGCCUUUGAACAAUUGCGGUACCUGGAGACGCAGCUGGUAGCCGACAAAACUUCCCGCACCUUUACACAGGACCCCACCGCCUAUGCUCGGCGCGCUAUGGACCUUUGUCUACAUUACGACGGAAUGGCUGCGGAGAUCGGAGCCAUUGUGCGCGAGGCGCUGAGUUCCGAAGGCGUGGAUCGAGACGCUCUAGCGGAACUGGCCCAAGUGGUACACUUGGAAGAGGAGGCCCAUCAGACCUCCCAGGCCGAGGGUGAUUUCUUGAGUACACCCCGCCACUGGCGUAUGCAUUGGGAGGACGCGGUGCGUCUCAGCGCUCAGGAGCGCGUACAGCAGGCAGGCGCAAAAGUCAUCCCCGGGGCUGCGGAGGGCUCAUCCGACCUAGCCCAGCUUCUGGCUGAGCUCGGCGGUGUGGUUCGCCACGACCUGCAGAAGGUGCGCUUAGAGAUGCAGCCCGCUUACGAAGCCACCGACUUCCCAGUGUGGGAGACCUACUUGCGUGCCUUCCACAGCGCUGUGGCCCAGCGUCUACAGGAGCUGGCGCGAGACGCCCGCGGCUGUGAGCAGCUCUAUGUGCUGUUAGACUGGGCCGCUAAUGUCUAUGGCAGUCCUGACUUCCUGGGCGCCCCAGACUUGGCGCUGCCCACCGAGCCGCUGCCCCCACUUCUAGAGCCUGCUCUGUGGGCUCGACUGGAAAGUGACUACACUAGCUUCCUAGAGACCAAGAUCACAAGCUGUUUUGACAGCAUCUUGCAGCUGGAACAGAAUCGCUGGGAAGCCGACGAGGACCGGGAAGUACUGCAGGGCCUCUACCACGCGCCCCUGUCCAUCGAUGUGCACAUGCUGGUAGCUGAGCAUGUGAAGGCAGCUGGCGCUAUCUCCGCGGAGCUGGAGGCCACUACCCUGCAGAUCUGCGCGCGUGCGCUCUGUCUCUUUGUGCCCAGGUUUGAAAAGGCUUUUCUGGCGUCGAAGGCAGUGAGCGAAUGGUACCUGGGUGCUUACAUUAACGCCUGCGUGGAGCUGAGAACCAGUCUUCUGGCCAGGUUCCCAGGAACCAUAAAGGAACUGGAGAAACCCCUAGUGGCUGCCACCAAUAGCUUCCAGAAACAUUUGCUCCAGAUUGUACAGCAAGACAUGCAGCCUCUAUUUAAGGUGCUAUAUACCAAGAGCUGGCUCACACAGGACACACUUCGUCCCCUCAUGGACAAAGUGGUGGACUUUGCACAUCAUCUUGAGCAUGUGACCCCACCACUGGCACAGGAGACACUGCAGGAGGUGCACCGUUUUGUGGUCCGCGAAUACCUGGGGCAGGUGCUGAGGCCCCACGAGAGGUUCAGUGGCCAGGAUCGACUGAAGGGCUCUAAUAAGAUGAACCUGGAUGCCCAGGCCAUUAGCAACACCUUCCAGGGCUUGGGCUCUGAAGCCAAGUGGCUGGACCAAGCCAUCCUGUCUGUGGCUGAGAUCCUGGGCGAGACAUACAAAGACGACAUCCGGCGGCACCUGGAAACACUUAUACGGAGCUACCCGGACAUCAGGCGAGACCACAUUCUGGCCAUUCUGGCACUACGCAGACUCGGCCGCCGCCGGAACCAGAAUCUCUUGCAACACACCCAAGACUUGCUGAGGGCUGCCCACGAGACCAGGCUCCCCUCACACCACGUGCUCUUCGAGGAGAUCGAAGUGCCCACCUCUGUGGACGUGCUAAUCACCUGCAUCUAGGGCUGAAGGGCGAGCAGGAGCCUCGUUGGCCGAGGAUCUGUCACCCUCUCCAUGACUGACCCCAAGUUGGGAGCCCAGUGAGUCACUCUGGCCCUACCCCCAGCACUGAAGCCUGGGGACAUGGAAUUUUUGGUCUCAGCUGCCUGGCUGCUCAGCCAGAGGAGCCAGGAGAUGAGGCAUUCCGGGCAUUUGUGGGGGAGUCUUUUGGGGCUGCGGAGUCUCCUUUCAGGACUUCAGGCCAGGGAAGGCUUCCCUUUCUAACUGCUCAGCACAUCCACACUGUAGUGCGAAGCUGAGGAUUCUAAAAAUAAAUGUGAAUUAAAAUAGUGUACAAGGU